AUGAAGCGAUCUCUUACUAUCGUGAUCAAGCUGGGGACGAGCUCCAUUGUAGACGAGACAUCACGGCGGUAUCUCGUAUCAAACUUGGCUUUGAUUGCAGAGACCGCGGUGAACCUACGGCAAGAAGGCCAUAAGGUUGUCAUCGUUUCCUCGGGCGCCAUCGGCGUGGCUCUCCGUCUCAUGAACAUGCCCAAACGGCCAAAGCUCCUCGCCGAAAAGCAGGCGCUGGCCGCUAUAGGACAAUGUCGUCUGAUGCGACUCUGGGAUGAUAUCUUUGACCUUCAACGGCAACCUGUCGCGCAAAUCCUGCUCACCAGGACCGACAUUGCCGACAUGGAGCAGUUUCGGAAUGCCCAGAACGCUUUCAGCGCGCUCUUGAAGAUGGGCGUCAUUCCAAUUGUAAACGAGAACGACACCAUUUCGGUCUCCGAGAUCAAAUUCGGCGAUAACGACACGCUGGCUGGCAUCACCGCCGGCAUGGUGCAAGCGGACUAUUUGUUUCUGAUGACGGAUGUUGACUGCCUCUACGACAAGAAUCCCAGGACCAACCCCGAUGCCAAGCCAAUUGAAGUGGUCGAGGAUAUCACCGCAAUCGAGGCGGACACCUCGAGUAGCGGCUCAAACCUAGGCACCGGUGGCAUGGGGACGAAAAUCGUCGCAGCACGCCUCGCAACGUCCAAGGGCGUCACAACCAUCAUCAUGAAAUCCAGCAAUCCCGGCAAUGUCGUAACCAUAGUCGACUACGUCGAAUCACAGAAAGAGAAAGAGAUUACGCGGGCAUCCACACCAUCGACCCCGAGUCGAAGUCAGAUCCUGCAGCAGCCCGGGUCCGCUGACGCCCUUCGGAACGGGGCCAUUUCCACCAUCCCGGCCGCGGUCUCGAUCCCCGAGCAAAUAGACGAGGACGAGCCAUUAUCACCUCAGACCAACCCCGUUUCCGUCCCCCUCCACACCCGCUUCCUCCCCCACCUCAGUCCGAUCAAAGACAACUACUUCUGGCUCCUCUACGGCCUUUCACCCCGCGGGUCCAUCUACAUCGACGCCGGCGCAUACACCGCACUCUACGAAAAGCACGGCCUUCUCCCCGUCGGCGUGGUGGAGGUCGAGGGCCACUUCUCGCAGCAGGAAGCCGUGCGGCUGUUCGUCGUAAACAAGCCGGACCUGUCCCAUCCGCAAGACGAUUACUUCCCGCACGAGCACGAUCACGAGCCGCCCACGGAAGUGGGGCGCGCGGUGGUCAAUUAUUCAUCCAUAGAGAUCAAACGCAUCAAGGGGCUGCAGAGUAAGAAGAUUCGUGAGGUCUUAGGCUACGCGGACAGCGAGUAUGUCGCGCUAAGGGGGAAUAUUUCGUUUUUCCCUUCGCCGAGUCGCCCGGCAACGCCGAGCUUUGGACGGCGACCGUCGGCUGCUUCAAAUUCGGGCUGA